GAUUUCACCUUUUCUUUAAGCUGCGAUGGUCGUGAACAUCUGAAACUUUGAAAGCUAAAUCCCGUAGUAGGCCUAAUACUAGUAGUAUUUAAGUCAUCAUGGUUCUUGAAAGUACUAUGGUGUGUGUGGACAAUAGUGAGUAUAUGAGGAAUGGAGACUUUGUUCCAACCCGAAUGCAAGUUCAACAAGAAGCUGUUAAUUUAAUUUGUCAUUCUAAAACACGGUCUAAUCCAGAAAAUAAUGUGGGCUUGCUUACACUUGCAAGUCCUGAGGUAUUAGCAACAUUAACCACGGAUGUGGGGCGAAUACUGACAAAAUUUCAUCAAUUGCAGCCUAAAGGUUGCAUUAACUUCUUGAGUGGAGUAAGAAUUGCUCAUCUAGCACUCAAACAUCGUCAAGGAAAAAACCAUAAAAUGAGAAUUAUAGUAUUUGUUGGAAGCCCUGUAGAAGUGGAUACUAAAGAGCUUGUGAAGGUGGCAAAACGACUGAAGAAGGAGAAAGUUAAUGUAGAUAUCAUCAAUUUUGGUGAAGAUACUGUCAACACUGAGAAACUUACAAAUUUCAUAAAUGCCCUAAAUGGUAAAGAAGGUGGAAGUUCACAUUUAGUGACAGUUCCUCCUGGGCCACAUCUUAUGGAUGCCUUGAUCAGCUCACCAGUCGUCCAAGGAGAAGAUGGUACGGGUGCUGUCAACAUCGGUGGUUCAGGAUUUGAAUUUGGUGUUGAUCCUAAUGAAGAUCCUGAGCUGGCUCUUGCUUUACGAGUCUCUAUGGAAGAACAGAGACAGAGACAAGAAGAUGAAGCCAAAAAAGCAUCUACCCAAUCUGCAAUGGAGAUUGAAGGUUCACAGUCAGCUCCAACCCCUGCUACUGGAAGUAAUGAAGAAACAUUGUUAGAGAAAGCUUUGGCUAUGUCUUUGGAGAGUGAAGGAAACCAGGGCACUGGAACAACAUCAGUACCAGACUUUUCAGCUAUGACCGAGGAAGAACAGAUUGCAUAUGCCAUGCAGAUGUCUUUGCAACAAGCUGGUGAAGGUGGAGAGCACAGCAAGAAAAGCAAGAAUACAGAAAUUAAAGAAGAACCAAUGGAAACGAGUGAUGGUCAACCAAAAAAAGAGGAGGAAGAUUACUCAGAAGUUAUGAAUGAUCCUGAGUUUCUUCAGAGUGUUCUUGAGAAUUUGCCAGGCGUUGAUCCACAAAGUGAUGCUAUUCGCAGUGCGAUGGGAACACUAACUCAAAGUGAUCAAAAGAAAUCAAAAAAGGAAGACAAAGAUGACAAAAAGUAACAACUGGUCAGGUUAAUGUAAGAUAAUUGUGUGGUAAAAACUAUUUUUUUUUUUUUUCCUUUCAUCCUGUAACAAACUAUGUCUAGACUACCAGUAUGGAAGAGAAUACGAAAUAGAAACAAAAAAUAAUUAAAUCUAUCUUACUUUACUUUUAUAAUAACACAGCAAUGUGGAUUUUGGUUGACAUUAUCAGAAAGUGUGUAAGCAGAUAGGUGUAUAAGUCUUUGUAAACAUAAAGUUCAAUAAAAGAAGUGAAAUAUUU